AUGGAUGCAAAAGAACAAGAACUAUUUACACUUAUUAAUAGUUAUCGUCAAGAAAAAGGUUUACCAGCGAUUAAACCAUCUGUUAAUCUUGCUUAUGUUGCUCAUACACAUGCUAUUGAUGUCGUUGAAAAUGACCCGGAUGUUAAUGGUGGUAAUAUGCAUAGCUGGAGUGAUAAAGGAAUGUGGAAACCAGUUAUAUAUACAUCUGAUCAUGCACAAGCUGCAUUAAUGUGGAGUAAACCAUCUGAAAUAAGUAAUUAUAAAUCUGCCGGCUACGAAAUUUCAUAUGCAAUUGGGAACAGAAAAACAUCGACAGUUGAUCCAACAUACGCUCUUAAUGCGUGGAAAGCAAGUUCAGGACAUAACGAUGUUAUAGUCCAACAAGGUAUUUGGAAAGACUUCCCAAUGAAAGCCUUGGGUGUUGGUAUUUAUAAAGGAUAUGCAUGUGCAUGGUUUGGCUUCGAAGAAGAUACAUAUCCACCCCCUGGAUAA